AUGUUGGCUGCAACGAUCGCAGCAGCGCUGAUCUUUUUUAUGGUGCAAAGAUCUGGAGCCUUGGCCCUCGGAACAGCUUGCUGGGAUGAACGCCUAUCACGAGCGGGGAGGAACAGCAGCUGUGUGGCUUCGCAGCCUUUCCUGAUAUUCGGCCAUGGCAAAGCCGUUCAUCGGAUGAACCUGGAGGGGAAGCACCGGAGGAGACUUUUGGCCGGUGUGGGGAGAUCGGUCCUGUUCGACUUUCAUUACAGAGAUGAAGAUGUUUACUGGGCUGACAAACACACCGGGGUCAUCUACAAGGCGUCAGUGAGAGGGGCACAAAAACAGAAACUGCACUCAUCUGACAAGCACAUCUCGGGCCUGGCAGUGGACUGGAUCUGGAACAGCGUUUAUUGGACAAGUCGAGAAAAGGGAAAAAUCAAGAGAAUGGAUUUAAAUGGGAAAAAUGAGAGAACUUUAUUAAGGCACUUGAACCAACCGAGUUCCAUAGCUGUUGACCCCACAAACAGGUUUCUUUUUUGGCUGUCUGGUGGGAUGACUCCCAGUAUCCAGAGGUCUGAUUUGACCGGCCUGGAGAAAACUACACUUAUUAAGAUGUCAGAGCAACUCAACUCACUUACGAUCGACCGACAAGACAAGAGACUGUUCUGGGUUCAGUUUGGUCUUCAAGGAGAAAGCGCCAUUGCCUCCUGUGAUUACAACGGAAACGCCCUUCACAUUAAAGAUCAGCCACUUUGGUCUCGGGUGCUGGGGAUAUCAGUUUUUCUGGAGAAUUUAUACUACACUGACGCUGGAUCUCGGAUUAUAAAACAAAUGAACAAGUACACUGGAGGAAAAGCACUGGAUGUGAACACAAAGCAAAUGACAAGACCCCCGAUUCAGAUCAAGGUGGUACAUCCCCUCAACCAGCCACUGGCCGACUCCCUAUCUUCAUUCCCAGGUUGUGACAAACAGACUGGAAACUGUAUGAAUGUUUGCUCCAACAUGGCUGAACAAGGGGUUUGCCACUGCACUGAGGGAUUUGCUCUCAGUAAGCAAGGGACUCAUUGUGAAGACGUGAAUGAAUGUGCCCACUGGAACCACGGCUGCUCUCUCGGGUGUGAGAACAUCCCAGGCUCCUAUUUCUGUACCUGCCCAAAAGGUUACGCCCUCCUACCAGACAGGAAGACAUGUGGAGAGAUCUUGCCGUGUGAAGGGAAUAUGACCAACUGUGGCCACGGCUGUCUGACAACAGAUGAGGGCAACGUGUGUGUGUGCCCUGAGGGAUCUAUACUGCAGGAAGAUGGACAAGCCUGUACUGGCUGCUCAUCGACGGACAUGGGGGGCUGCAGCCAGCUCUGUACUCCUGUCACCCCCAGUGAGUGGCAGUGUGGUUGUCUGCCAGGCUACCGGCUCCACCAGGACGGCAAGCGGUGCAUUGCAACCGGACCACCACCGUAUCUGCUAGUUGCCAAUUUUGUAGAUGUGCUAAGAAUUAACCCUGACGGCACAGGGGAUCAAACCCUGGUGGAGGAGCCCAGAGGAACAAUCGUGGCAUUGGACUAUGACCCUGUCCAAGAGAAUGUGUACUUCUCCAGUAUAAACCGAAAGACAAUUGAAAGGGUUGAUUUGAACGGUGGAUCCAGAGGCAUUGUCAUUUCUGAGGAUCUGAACUCUCCGGAGGGACUGGCCAUUGACUGGGUCCAUCGCAGGAUGUACUGGACGGAUGAAAGUCGCUCAACUGUUGACUGCAGUAGUCUGGUUGGACUAAGCAGAGAAACUAUUGUGAGCAAAGGGCUGGAGAAACCAAGAGGAAUCAUAGUUCAUCCCCUGGAAAAGAAGUUGUUCUGGACUGAUAUCGGUGCCCAGCCUGUGGUGGAAAGCGCGUCUUUGGAAGGAAAAGAGCGAACCAUUAUUGCCAGCACCAACCUUGUGUCCCCCAGCGGCCUGGCCAUCGAUUUCACAGAGGAUCGUCUGUUCUGGUGCGACCAACACCGAGGUCUGGUGGAGACGGCUGCCCUGGACGGCUCAGACAGACGGGUCCUGCUAGAGAACCAAGUAGGUCGACCUUUUGACCUGGCAGUUUUCGAGGACAGGCUCUGGAUCUCUGACCGGGAGCACCGGCAGCUGACAAGCGUGCACAAGCGGACUGGGAAGAAACUCCAGAGUAUCCAUGGCAACAUGGUCCAGCCGGCAGCCAUUGUGGUGGUUCAUCCUCUCGCAAAGCCAGGAGCAGAUGUUUGCCUUCAUCUGAACGGAGGUUGUGCUCAGGUGUGUGAAAGCAAACUGGGACUGGCUCACUGCUCCUGUCUCUCACGUUACAUCCUGUCAGCCGACAGGAGAAGCUGCUCGUCUGCUGAUGCCUCAAACGAAACAGCAGAAUCUGGAGAGAGUGACCCCACUGAUGUAACGUCCCUGAAACGCAGUGAACCAACGUUCUUCACCGACAAGAUGGUCUCAGACCAGAACGAAUGUGACUCGCUGCGUUGUGACGUGAACGCCCAGUGCCUCCUUCGGGCCAGAAGCCCAGCCUGUCUGUGUCUGGAGGGUUUCACAGGUGAUGGACAGGUUUGUGAGGAGCCGGAGGCGGCAUCGACUCUGUUGACGACCAGGAGCCCUGCUGACGUGACCACGCUGCACCACAUCAGUGACUCAGUGGAGAGCUGCCCCCCCUCCCAUGAGUCCUACUGCCUGUACCAGGGGGUCUGCUUCUACUUCCCUGAGCUGAAGUCAUAUGCCUGCAAUUGUCCUUUGGGCUACAUGGGCGAGCGCUGUCAGUUCAGUGAUCUGGAGUGGUGGGAGCUGCAGCAGGCCGAGGAGGAGAAGAGGAGGAACGUGGUGAUCGCGGCCAGCAUGGUGCUCCUCAUCUCCCUGCUCUCCAUCGCUGCCUGUGUCACCUACUGCUACGGAACGAGAAAAUUCUUCCGCAAACAGCCGUCAGUGGAUAACGUGAGUGAGACCAGUGUGACAGACGAGAGCACGUCAGAAACCACCCCCGUGCCUCGGGUAAGACCAUCAUCACCAUGUUACUCUGUGGUUAUGCAGUUCUACUUGCUGAUGGAAAGUGGUGCAGAAGGAAGAGUCGUACCUGCCAUGGGCUGUCCCAGGAGAGCCAUCUGUCCAUCCUGCUCUUCAGACACAGGUGACAACCACGUGUCUGAGGAGACAGAAACAUUGUCCAAACACAACAGAGGGUAUGAGUGUUCAAUGGUGUCGGCUGUUGCCAUGGAGAUCACCCAACCUACAAGUCCAUCACCAGCAAGUUCAUAUACGUGUUCAUCUUUAAAGCCACAAACAACAGCACCGGUCUCCAAGACAACAAGCCUGGAGUCGCCUGCUUCCUAG